AUGCGUGCUUAUUUUACAUAUUUCCAAUGCCAAUAUGCGUAUUACGAUCAAGGUUCUACAGAUCCCUUCCACCUGUAAGCAAGGCUUAUGGAACUAUCUGCUUGUUAACAACUACUGCAGUUCAAUUGGGGUUGAUUGAUCUUGACUAUAUAGUGUUAAUCCCUAAUCGAGUUUUCCGAAAUUUCCAGAUAUGGAGGCUCAUUACAAACUUUUUCUUCCUCGGCAACUUCUCUAUAAAUUUUGGGAUUCGCCUUUUAAUGAUAGCAAGAUAUGGGGUGCAAUUAGAGAGAGGACCAUUUGACAGGCGUACGGCUGACUUCCUAUGGAUGAUGCUCUUUGGGAGUUUCUCAUUAUUGAUUUUAUCUCUCAUUCCUCCAUUAAACUCGCUUUGCCUUGGAAUCUCCUCGGUCUUCAUGCUUGUCUAUGUUUGGAGUAGAGAGUUUCCCAAUGCUCAAAUCAACAUUUAUGGCCUCGUGCAAUUGAGGGCUUUCUAUCUUCCUUGGGCAAUACUUGUAUUGGAUGUAAUAUUUGGCUCACCAUUGCUUCCGGACCUCAUGGGGAUUGUAGCUGGGCAUCUUUAUUACUUUUUGGCGGUGUUGCAUCCUCUUGCGGGUGGAAGGAACAUACUGAAGACUCCAGUUUGGGUGCAUAAGUUGGCACGCUCUUUAUGGGUGCUUGGACCUCAGGUUAAUGCACCUGCAGAGCAAAGCCCUACAACUGGAGCAUUUAGAGGGAGAAGUUACAGGCUUAAUAGAUGAUUGAUAAUGCUGAAAUCCCUUUCAUGCUUGAAAAAAGACUAUGAUGAUGAAAAAGAUGAUGUAAGAGGAAGACGUCAUCAAUCAGAGAUAUUUAGUACUGGUCCUGCACAUAGGAGAACUCCAAAGGGAGGAGGUCGUCAUUCCCCACAAACCUGCUUUCUGGGAGGAGAUCGUGGCCUUACCUAGGUUUGCACAAGGCACCACCUACUGAAGGGUAGCAACCAGGCAUGGCCAGCCUGUGAGCUUUCUGGCUGGGUUGGCUUUUGGGCCUGUUCUAGGUCACAUAAUAAGGCAUGUGGGCCAGGUCUGGUUGGGUCAAUAGUUCCACGGUCCGGAUAUAUAUAUAUAUAUAUAUAUAAUAUGAGGAACGAUUCUGUGUAUUAAAAUUACAGUGUUAUAGCAUAUAAGAUUUGAUUCUGUAUACUAAAAUUACAGUGUGUUAUAUAUAAGAUUUUUUAUUUUGAAGAGCAAGUUAUAUGUAAGAUUUUUCUGCCCUUUCUUUUAAAUGAAGGGCAGGAAAAAAAAGAAAAAGAAAUGUGAUCUUUUCAAGGUGGCAGAGAAAGAAAGGGUAAAAAAGUCAAUGGUAAUUAAACAUAAAACUCGUAACUAAGGCUCUGCAAGUCACCAGGGCUUAGAUUUUUAGUUUUCUAGAAUUGAGAUGCAUUCUAACACGGUGUAUUUAAAUUUUAAAAUACCUAGGAUUAUUGCCUAUAUACAAUAUAUAUGUGUAUAGUUUUUUUUCUUUUCUCUUACAUUAUGGCUCGAGCCCGGCCAGUAACUUCUAGGUUCAGGCCCAGCUCGGGUCUCAAUUCCUAUUGAUUUGGGUUGGCUAAGGCUGGGGCCCGCCCUGAAUCCACAUGGCCCAAAGACAUAAAUUUGGGCCCUUGGCCUCAGGCUAGGUAUGACUCAUCCCAAGCCCAACUCUG